AUGGUCGAUAGUGGUGUCCCCCAGGGUUCAGUUCUGGGACCCAUUUUGUUCCUUAUCUACAUUGACGAUGCCGCGAGCGAUUUAGACUGUGAAGUAGCAAUGUUUGCGGAGGACAUGAAGAUAUGGAGUGUAAUUCGGGGUCCUGUCGAUGAAGACAGACUGCAGAUGAACCUGAAUCGUUUGGAGGAGUGGUCAAACCGUUGGCUCCUGCGGUUCAACGUUGCCAAAUGUAGCAUACUUCGCCUAGGCAACACAGCUAGAUCCGCCAGCACAAGAGGCUACUUUCUGGGCGAUGCAGCCCUACAAGAGGUCGAAGCCCAAAGGGACCUCGGUGUGCUGACGACGAGUUCCCUAAAACCAUCCGCCCACUGUUCGAGGGUGACAAAAAGCGCAAUGUCCGUACUGUACGCCAUCAAGCGUGCGUUUAUGGACUUUGACGAAGAAGCUUUCUCUAAGACAUUCGGAACAUUCGUCCGGCCGCAUUUAGAGUACGGCAUACAAGCUUGGAGGCCGUGGGCUGUUGUGGAUCAAAACUGCCUCGAAAGAGUCCAGAGGAGAGCCACGAAGAUGGUUAGGGGUCAAAACUCCUUUCCUUAUGCAACCCGCCUAGUAAAUCUGAACCACUUUCCUUUGAGUUACAGGCACCUUUGCGGAGAUCUCUUGCAAGCCUUCCGCAUUGUAAAGGGGUUGGAUUGCAGUCUGGCCUUCGAGGACUCUUUUCAAUUUUUGAUGAGCUGCGGAAGGAUAUUUUUGAUGAACUCCCAAUCAUCGUUGUCAUUACCCGUAAACGUUGAGCUCCAGUUGAGGCCGGAUAAUUCUGCCCACAUGUCAUUGUGAUCGAGUCGGUUGGCUUGCUGUCAUAUCAGAUUUGCCUUAACCACAACGGAGUAAAAACUACCUUUCUCAUGCUUAUGUCCCCACAAAUUUCGUCCAAUGACUUUUAUAUCCGACGUCAGGGCAGACAUUUUUCUUCUUGGCAGCCGACAACAUUAUUUGACGAUGUAGAUUUCGUUUUUUUGCCCGCUGUCCGCCAUGUUUAUAAUCGACUUUUUGUUUAGUUCUGCUAAGAAAUUAUAUCUAAGCUUAAGUUUCGUAUCUAGGCGAGUUCUAACGGGAAUGCAAAUAAAUAUUUAAGGGUUUCAGGUUUCCGGACAAAUUCUAACUGGCGCCGACAUGGAGGCACUGCUUAUAUUGUCACAUUUGUACGGAAUGUUUAUUUGAAUUUCGCCUUUUGCGCUAAAUAAACUGAUCUAGUACGUCAUUGUUUUCAAUCUUUUGCAACCGUGACCCUUGAUCCUUGACCCAGAACACGAACAAGUUUUGUGUUUGUUUGUCUCUCCCAAACUGGAGCCUUAUUCGUAACUUCGCCUAAGGCGUGUUUUUCUGCGUUAUGAGUCUUGCGUUUUGUCCUCUUUGUUUGCGCUCCGGUCUGCAGUUUGAGCUCUUAAGGAUAAAAACAUCUGUCGGAGAACUUAGCGGCAUCUGCUCGAACCUCGGUUGUUCAUUUCCAUUCGAGUCUUAUACAGGAUUGUCAAAUGCAGGUAAAGAAAAAAAUCUAUUGCAUACAGUUAUAUGUUUAGUUUGCAAAGAAGAUCCACUAAAGGAGCAGAAUGAAAAAAACUCUUGGGCAGACUUUAUGGAUGAACUUUUCGGUCCACCAGAUGAGUCAACAAGCCUGCCCUUCGGAAAAAUGCCUCAGGAACAGGAAUUCCAGUUCCAGCCCCCUUUGACGGACUCCAACUAUGAUCGGGAGGGGGUUCACAUGGUUCCCGAGUCGUUCCCUGAAAUGUUAUCAUGCAAUGGUCUCCUCCCGAGAUAUAUCGCUGAUUCUCUUAAACAGGGUACGUCACUUGCCGACAGGCUUUCGAACCGAGACGCUUUGUAAGUAUUAUGUUUGGUCUCCUUCGACCAGUUUUCGACCCGCGGUAUCCUAUCUUCUUUUGUCGGGGUUACUUUCCAGUCCGAUGUCUUCGGACGCACAUUCGUACGCAGCCCUUGAUAAAAUCCAGUGAUAUGCGUACGACAUGAACACCCUAAACAAGAGCAGGUGACUGGCUAUCAGGGUUCAAGCCAUUUUCUUGAUCUCCCUUAGUGCGUGUGCUAUGUUGCCUGCGUGCACCGACCCUAGUUAACUAGUUCAUUUUAGUUAGUAAAUUAAAUGCACUAGGAGCGGUUCGGGGGAUUGGGUUAAAACAUGCUCUACCUAUCGCUUCAUCUCAGACGCACUCUACAUCCGAUUUGAUUCUCGAUUGCUGUUUUUUCCCAAAUUCGCUCCAUGCUGGAGCUAGGGAUAAUGGCAAAGGAUCUUCUGCCUAACCUUUGCUCUUGUCGGCCGUUUCAACUUGUUUAUUUGACGUAUUUUGAGGGCGUAGCAGGCUGGUCUGUUUAAUGCAACCCCUACCCUCGAAAAUGGUUUUCCUUAUCGCCUGCGUAUAAUGGGAUCACUUUGUAUUUCACUGUGUACACAGUUUAUUGGUAGUGUUGAUGUAUACUGUGAGUGUUUCCUAGCGUUCUUUCCUCUUUUCACUCUUAAAAUGUUACUUUCGGCGGCUUCGCUUUUUGCUUUUACUGGGUAAAGCACUUUGUUGGAUAAUCUUUGUUCACAGUAAAUUCCUUUCGGUCAUCUUAGUUAAAUGCACGACGGUUUCGAUCUUCCUUAUAAUCCUACCAAAUUAAAGUUGUAGUUCACUUCAUCGAAUGCCGUCUUAUAUCCUUAAGCAUUCGAGAGGCUAGUGUCUAUGCCAGUCCUGCCGUCAGUGUAGUGUUUCCACCACAUCCAUGAACACACAACACUUCUAGAUCGAAACGACUUUUGCUUGCUAUUUAUACAUUUUUCCGCCAUUCCCAGAGCGCGUCUGAACCGUCAUGGGUUUGUUUUGAACUAGGCGACACAUCACUCUUUAAAAGGAAUCAAACUGUGUGGUAAGCCAAUAGCAACCCAGAACACCCUCAUCAUCCCCAAUCUAGCUAAGUGAAUCCUGCUUUUCAGUUGAUAUGGCGUUAUUACCCAAAGAAACUGUAAAUCGAACCAUUAGUUGGUUUAGCUGGGGUGAUUGGGGCUUUUUGCAUUAGUUCAGCUCUACUCCUCAAUGCUUCCAUGCAAAUUUUAACGGAUGUUUUGUUUAUUCUAGGCCACGCGACUCCUCCCCUUCCAAAUGAUUCGAAUUUCGAUAGUGGCGUGUCGACCUCCUCCCUCGUCAGCUACCAUGAAAAUCUUUCCAUCCGUGCCCGCCAACGAGUCACUGAGACCCAGGCAUGUUUGUCCCCAGCCCCUGCUAGACCGACCGCCAAGUCCGCCUCAAAGAGCGUCAUCGAACAGUUGUUAGACAUCCAUCAACCUGACCACUUAAAUCCUCACCCCUAG